UCGCACGUCCAGGCAAGGUGUCGGCGUGUGUUGCCUUGAUUGACGCUCUUGCGCUCCUUGCCGGUUCCCAGUGAAGCGCUGGCACGAGUUUCGUCGAUGGGACCACGCCUUGCGCCUUCUCAACGAAGCCUUUGUUGCCCUUCUCCCUUUGUCUUUCAAACCCGCGCAACAGCCAGCGCUGCUUGUGCCCUUCCAGCGUCAACCUCGUCGGCGUCUCAUCCCACGAUACUCCAGAUCCUACCCUGCCUGGAGAGCGCCUCAUUCUUGGAGAUGCCGCGCACCCACUAUAGCCUGCGACUCCGCCCCCAAAUCACCAACGGGUCCUCACCCGAGCUCUCGCAGACCAAGGCGGAGUUCCCAGCAGACUCAAGCACCACGAGGGCAGUGUCCAAAGAGCUCAGUCGCGAACCUGCUGAGCCCAGCCCUGCGCGGAUGUCGAGUUCGGCAUCCAUCUCGAGUGUAGAUCCAGACAUGCUUGGCGAAAUAGUGGUCGGCACGCAUCACAACGGAGACCGGCACUCGCCUCACCGUGGAUCUGCGGAUCCUGAAGAUGAACACAUGGCUGACGCCGGCCGUGGUCCGUCGCCUGGCAACACGCCACCCUCACACUACCCAAAGCGUAAACGCUCCGCCGUGUAUGCCGACCUUGGCGAGGACAAGAUGGAGACGGAAUCGCUCAAGCCAGAUGACGACGAGGCCGUCGUGAAGCCGGCCCGCCACCCCCUGCCCAAGAGGCAAGGCAACACCAAUGUCAAGGGCGUCAUUGUCGGAUACUGGCGCGACUCGACAGUGCCCAACGACGAGAACAAGCACGCAGUCAUCGGAUUUAUGGACGUCCGUGACCGGCUUAGAACACGCGUCCACAUGCAGACCGUCUCUGGCGCAUCCAUCAACGCGCGUCUGUUCCCGAUCCCUCCUGGACCUGGCGGCAGCUGGGUCACGUUUGAGCGCAUCGUUUUCUCGGACCACCUCGUCGGCGAGGAUCAUAAUGUGGUCAAGGAGUAUGUCAAGCUGAGAGGCAAUGCGGAGCCUGGCAAGAAGGGCGACCUCCAGGCGGUCGAGAUGGCCCGUGCCUAUCUCGAGAAGAACCCGCCGCCCGAGACUCCGCAGCCCUUGCAGAUCGCCUGGGGCAAGGAGAUCCCCGAGCACGUCCAGAGCACACGCGACCCGCAGUUCAAGCGCCGGCGCACGGGUGAGGGCAUCACCACCAUCGCCGCAGGCACGAGCCCCGCGCCGGCAACACCACAGCACGCAGCCCAGCACCUGCCGCCGCAGUCACAGCCUCUCACGUCUGCCUCGACGCCCCGGGAGCCCCAGAUGAUGCAGUUCCAGCAACAGCACCAGCCGCCGCCGCCCCCGCAGCAGCACGCCGUCCAGCAUGGCCAGCAGCUGACCCAGCUGCCAACACCUCCCCAGCGCUUUUCGCACGCGCCAGGUCUCGAGUCUCUGCCGGGCACAAGACCCACCCGCAUCCUCGUCGGCUGCUGGGCCAAGUCGGAUGCUCCGCUGGACAAGGACAAGCAUGCCGUGUACGGCAUCCUCGGAGCCAACGACAUGUUCCGCGUCAAGCUCGUGCGCGAGACCAUGGACGGUCGCUUCGUGGAGGGUAACUUCCCUCAGGGCGCUGGUGCUCUGUGGAUCGCAUACGAGGAGGUGACUUUCCUACCCCAUCUCCAGGGGCUGACACGGCCUGAGACCAAGGAGUACGUACGAGUUCGUCAAGCGCAGCUCGACGCCGGUGAGACAGAUGCCGAGAGAGUCGCCAACGAGACCAAAGCCGUCUACGAAGCUCAGGCCCGCGUUGCUGCCAAUCCGGCCAAGACGGGCUCGUCCCAACUCAUCGUACCACGUCAUGCCACGGACGCUGACCAGCACAUGCUGGACGCUGGCGAGCUGCCGCCGCCGCCGCCGCCCAAGAUUGACGGCAGAAGCUCAGAAGCUCGACAGGCCCGUCGCGAGGCACAGCUGGCUCAGCAAUUAGCCCAGCAGCAGGCCCAGCAGCAGCAGCAGCAACAGCAGGCCCAACAGCACGCUCGGUACUCUCUCCCCGAGGCCGAGAUUCGAGAGAUGGGCCGUGGCAACCAGGAGCACUUUGAGCGCCAGCGCAACAUUGUCGACAGAGCCAUGACUCGCAUGGAGAACAAUCAGGAACGGGACGACCGCUAUGCCGCCAGCCGCGCUGCCAUGUCGACCCCGCCACUGCCAAACCCCGAGGCCCGCCGUGAUUUCCAGGAUAACAUCCAGCGGAUGCAGAAGGUGUGGAUCGCGCAGGAAAACGGCCGCAUGCGGCCCGUCCAGGAAGACGAGGCCAAGACGCACGCCGGUGUUAAGUACGAGCGUCGCGCCAAUGGCCCCUUUGCUGGGAAGCUCGUCAGCCAGGGCACCAUCAUCAGCAUUGACGGUGAGGACUACGUCGAGUACCGCGUGCUCACCAAACCGACGUUCUUUUGAGCUGUGGGUAGCUCCAAUAAGUCCUGAUUACAGUUUUUCGGUGGUUGCCUUCUUCUUCUGUUGUGGGAUUGCGACUUCUUUUCGUUGCUUUCGACUCUUGGGAGAGGGAUGUGCGCUGAUACCCAUUUUCUACGUUUCUUGCGUUUCUCGACUUUGACAAAGAUCAGCGCCUGCGGUGAGCAAUUCUUGCGGCUGGUUUCCUUGCAGCAAAGUGGUGGCAACGUGCUGUGCACGACAGACUAAUGGUAAUGAUGGGUCGGGACUCGGACAAUAUUUACUUUGUAUGAUUACACUACUGGCAGUGGCCUCAGGGCAACAGGGUGGGAUAAUGUAGGGCCUUUUCGGCGGCUGCGAGACAGGCAGGCAGGUGAAAUACCAUAGCCCCAAAAUUUUAAUGUUGGAGAUGUGUAGCUUAUGCGUCGAUGAGUUAUGUUAAUAAGAAGUCACCUAAACCAAA